AACUUUCAAAAAUGCCAACAAAAUUCUAAUAGAAUCAGACUUGCUUUUUUUUGAUUGAUUGUCUUGAUAGCGAUUUGUGAUGAUAUCACAAUGCUUAUUUAAAGAUUCUGUAUAAUUGUGGAGCAAUACAUCAGUGUUCAUUUUAGUUUAAAGUGUUUACGAUUUUGUGUAACUCCUACGACAAUGUCAUCACAGCCAAUCUUUUGCACCUAAAAAUAUGUCAGAAUCGAGGGGGCCCGAAAACAAAAGUAUUGAGUUCGACCCUAUAUUACCCGAUGCGGGAGUAUUAUUCUAUGAAGAAUGUCCAACGGAGUAUGAAAUAGAACGGCCUAGAUUGCUGCCUUUGAAAUCUACGACUCAGAUUCGUUUCGAGCAGUUACAGCACGAGGCAGCAAGAGUUUGGAGAGAGAAGCAGAAGACGGCAAAGAAGAACUGACUUUUUGUUUGUGAACAGUGUAAAAUCGUGUCAAAAUGGCUUACACGUUGUUUGUGAUAGAACUGAUAUCUGCGUUCAUAUUAGCAGCGACUCUGCUGUACCGAUAUGGAGACUGCUACAGGAACCACAUCAUAGUGACCAUAUCUGUGCUGACAGCAUGGUACUUCUCAUUUGUGAUUAUGUUCAUCUUGCCUCUAGACAUAUCCUCGACUGUGUACCGACAAUGUAUGGAAAAUGCAACGAAAGCGACAGAUCCAACUCAAAUGGUACAAGGCAAUGUUACCACAGUGGCUCCACCAACCGUGGAGUGUCAUAAGCCUUGGAGUUUCAUGAGCUCCGAUGUGUUCCCAAACCUUUGGCGAGUUGUGUAUUGGACUUCACAAUGUCUUACUUGGCUUAUCAUGCCAAUGAUGCAGUCAUACAGCAAAGCUGGUGACUUCACAGUGAAAGGCAAACUAAAGUCAGCGCUAGUUGACAACGCCAUCUACUAUGGUUCAUACCUAUUCAUAUGUGGCAUACUACUUAUAUACAUUGCCUUAAAACCAGGCAUAUAUUUAGACCCCCCUAAGAUAAAAGCCAUAGCUUCAUCAGCCAGUAACACAUGGGGUCUGUUCCUAUUGAUCCUGUUACUUGGAUAUGCCUUGGUGGAAGUGCCUAGAAAUCUGUGGAACAAUUCCAAGAAGAACUAUACAUUGACUUAUUGUUACUUCAAGAUAGCUAAGCUGAGUACUGAUAAGUGUGAAGCUGAGGAAACUGUUGAUGAUAUUUUGGAUAGCCUUAAAGCAGUGACAACAGCAGUGGGAUCUGGCCACCCACUUCACCGUCACGUUGAGACGAUAGUCCAGAAGUUACCCAUAACACUACGAGACAGGCUCAACGGACGCGCACCGCCGGACAGACCCAUACCACCAUCAUUGAAGUCACUUGUCAAUCUACACAAAAAGACUAUCAAAGCACUACACGUGCUGCAGCGUACAGAAACGCAAUGGGGUCUUAUGUUGGAACGUAUAUUCCAUCUCGAAGAUAUUGCUGCGAACCAGCGAUCGCCAGACCACAGGUUCCAGCAUACUUUCCAUACGCCAAGGCCGAGGCUCCAACGGAUAUUCUAUCCACCUAUUAUUGAAUGGUAUUGGGAAUGUUUUCUGAAACAAUACUUUUUGAAGACAAUGGCCGUGAUCACGGGUAUCAUGUCUAUAGCUGUGGUGUGGUCGGAAAUGACUUUCUUCUGCAAGAAGCCUGUGCUGUCUAUAUUCGCGAAUAUUGUUAUAGCUGCUACUGAUACUUAUAACUAUUCGGCUAUUGAGGCAAUAUCAACAAUAAUAAUAGCCUACAUGUUCUACUGCGCUUACUCCACGGUACUCAAGAUCCGUCUCCUCAACUUGUACUACCUGGCUCCUCACCACCAGACCAAUGAGUACAGUCUCAUAUUCUCUGGGAUGAUGGUGUGUAGGCUGACUCCGGCUAUGUGUUUGAAUUUCCUCAGCUUGAUACAUAUGGAUUCGCACGUUAUAAAGGAGAGGAUUAUGGAGACUUAUUAUACGCAGAUAAUGGGCCACAUGGAUGUCCUAGGCAUUAUAGCCGAAGGUUUCAACAUCUACUUCCCGAUGCUAGUAGUGCUGCUAUGUGUAGCCACUUACUUGUCGCUGGGCAGUCGCUUGCUGUCACUCUGCGGGUUCCAGCAGUUCGUGGGUGAUGAUGAACUUACUACUGAUCUUGUGGAUGAGGGCAGAGAGAUUGUUAAGAGAGAGAAACGCAAGCGCCAACGUGCGGAGGACUCGUUGACUCGUCGCCGCGACUACAGCGAGAGAUUCUCCAACUACAGGAGUGCACGCGACGCACAGGAUGGAGCCCACACCGGGCUUCUAAACGACGUGGAUUCAGAUUACUACGUGCAACCCAGUCCUGAACGAAACCAGUCUUCUAUCACCGGGUACCAGAGAGCCGAGGUUCCUUAUAACAGGUCCAAUCUUACGUUGGAAGAUGAGUUGGACCAUCGCUUCGGUGAAAGUACCUUACCGUCCAUUCGAACUGAGUUCGAUGACCGGAGACGAGAUAAGAUGACGAUGCCCCCUCGAGGUUUGUUUGAUGAUGUAUAAAGUGCAAUAAGGUAUUAGGUAAUUUUUCUGAGAGUUUUUGUGGGGGUACUGUUGUUUUAGAUUUGAAGAUUUGCGAUUUUCGAAUAUGUGCCCUAAGACCAUUAAGUUAAGGAUUAAAAUCGUUUAAAACUUUUACAUACGCGUUCUGUUAUUGAACUCUUAAUGUAUGAAACAUUAUCGUUCUAUAUGACAAUACCUUCACAAAAACAGGUCAAUUAAGUUAUUAUAACUAGAUUUAAAACAAUUGUUUUAGUGAUCGUUAAUAGUGAUAAUUGCAAAAUAAAUGUAUUUGAAUGUUUGCAAGCGUGACGGAUGUGUGCUGUAUAGAUUCAAUUGAUUUAUUUUAGGUACAAAUAUAAUAAAAUAAUAUAUUGCUUACAUUUUUAUAUGGAUAAUAAUCUAAUUAGUAUGGAGACACCAAACACAAUAAAAUAUUAUAUUUUAUCAUAAACUGCUAAUAAACUUGCUUGUGCAAUAAUUAUUACAAUUUUAAGACAUCAAUUCUUAAAUAUGACGCUAUAAAUUUUACUGUAAUAUAUUACAACUUUUAACACCUUUGGACAAAGACCAUAGUCUCGAACUAUUUAUUUAGCUAUCUCUUUUCUGGGGUCAACUGAAAAAAAAAAUUUGCUUGUCUUUAAUCUUAGACUAAAAAUUCACCAAAUCGUUGCACGGCGCUUUGUAAUACUAACAGUUGGAUCGCAAACGCUUUGUGGUGCCAUAUUUAAUAUCUUUGGUUGUACGUUCUAUAAGGCAGCUUGUAUAUUUCAACCAGACUACCGCCCGAUUCUUUAGUCUUACUAAAAGAACUAAUAGUGAAUUUAGGUAUGUGUAUCAACAUUCUAAGGUAUGGAAACAAACAAUUGAUAGAUUUUGGCAGCCCAUAAUGUCCUUGAAAUAAAGAGUGAACCUUAAACUUAGAACUAUUUGGUGUAGAAAAUCCUUAUUUUAUUUUAGAACGGGCGCUAAUGGUAGUUUAGUUGUGAAGUAGCAUAAUAAUGUAAGAAAACACCAGGUUAUAUUGAGUUUACGAACGUUGUUUUAUUAUAACUUACAGAUUAAAAUAAGAAUAGGGUAAUGUCACAAUAGUAACUUUUUACUUACGAACUUUAAAUAUAAACUACAAAUACCUACUAUAAAUUCCGAAAAUAAAGAAAAAACGGAAAGGCCAAAACGAAAUAUCUCAUUACUGUUUUGCAGUAUGCAGAGUAAUAAAAUGUUGUAGCAUCGGCCACUUUUUAUUAUGUAUAUGCGUGUAUAGUUAUCGGCACGGAUAUUGAGCCCUGAUCUUCACCUGCGCAGAAGCGAUUUAUUGGUUUAUUCCCUAUGUGUACAGUGCGCAAAGCGAUCCCCACUCUUCCGCCGAGAUCUCAAUAUCUGUGCCGAUAACUAUAAACAAAAUGAUAACUGGAUCAAAUCAUCACAAGGACUUUAUAAAAUCCUAUUCUUAUUUGAUGGCAAACGUUUUUAAUAAUAAAAGGCCUAAAGCACGUUAGACAUUUAUGUGAAGGGUGAUACAUUGUAGUCGUAUAUUGUUCAUUCUGUAUUAUAUUUAUUAAUAUUCUAACACUUUUAUUUAGUCAACUUUUAAGUAGAUUAUGGGUUUUAGAUUAUGUUUAGAGACGAGUCCUAGACAUUCUUGCUAAAAAAACAGUACUUUUAAUAAGGACGACUUUACCAUAUUUUUCCGUUUAUUUCUAGCGGAAUAUUUGAAUUUUAUCUGUAAAAUUGACAGCUAAAUUUAGUUUACUAGUCGUUGUGGACUCGACUUUAAAUUAUGUAAUCUAAGGCUAUCAUUUUAGUCGAGAUUAUUAUAACGCUGAUUAUUCUAAACCUUGGGGUACGUAUUUAAAAGAAUAUAAAUAAAUUGUGUAUUAUUUUGCGUGUACAUAAAUAUUACUUAUUUAGCUUAGGCAAUGUUUUUAUGCUAACUAAUUAUUUUGUUAUUGUAUACUUUAUGUCAUUCCAUAGGUUUAUUUAAUGCCGUAGCAUUAAACACUGAUGUGAUAUUGUUA